ACCGUGAACUACGUGAACUAAAAAAUUUCUUGAGUUCAUUCAUUUGCUAACAUGGCCGCCUCGUGGUUGCUGAAGAGGUGGUGCUCAACGGCAGCUACAGUGACAACCAAGGGCACAAGAUGGCAAAGAUUACUAAACAGUCGUGCAGUUGUGUGGUGCCGUAGUCUUCUGGGUGAUUAUAAGGAGGCUUGUCGUGAGGUUGUGUUGGGGGCACGGGAGCGACCCCUCAAGGCCUCUGUCUACCUCGGUCUUCUGGGAGGAAUGUAUGCCUGUUUUUACACCAACCCUGAUGAUGCCUCCUUUGAGACCAGCCUACUAGAAACUUCCAACCGUCUGGCUCUCCUGUCACCAUGGAUUCGCAGUGGCACCUCAGAUGGACAUGUCCAAAGCCUGGUGAAACUGCAAAACGAGGGCAGGUUGCGCUAUGCCAGUCUCGGCAUUGCCUCUUUGACUUAUUACACCGACUACGACCCUGACUCGAGCCUGUAUGAGGCGCGUUGUUCAGCCAUUUCUGUGCCCUGGGCAGAGCUGCCCAAACGCAUUCUGGAUGUGGGCUUUGCAGGACGCUGGUGGGUGGUUGAUCAUAAAAUGAAGGAUUAUGAUAUAAAUGAGGAGGAGUUUAAACAUCUGCCCCCUGCUCUGGUGGCUACAGUUCCUCCUCCUCCCCAGAUAACUGAAAGGAAUGAGAGGCUGCAUCAGGAAUCGUGGAAAGCAGUGGUGAUGGAGGAUGAGAGCAGUGCAUUAGACAGUGUACAGAAAGAGGUGGACACAUCUGUUUAAUUAAAGGAGACGAGCUACACAAGAUAAAAGGCACAGACUUUUUGAUGAACACGUUGACUAUUACGCUGUGCCCCACCUAUGAACCCAGAGAACAUGCUUGCAAGAUGUAGCUGUGUUGAUAAGAGAUGAACAGAAAGAAUAUGCCAGCAGGAAUCAUUAUUAUAGUGUGUUAAUAGAAGUCGGCACCAUUUGAAAUUACUAAUUAAAAUGUGCUGUUACUUUUACUGCUAAAGAUGUUCAAAUAUGCGUUGAUUAUAAAUCCAAUAAAACAAUUGUAGUGGAUGUUGAACUUUAUUGGGAGGAUGCACUAAAUACACAACACUUACUAAUUAAAGGAAUAGUUCACCCAAAAAUGGAAAUUCUCUCAUCAUUUACUCACCCUCAUGCCAUCACAAAUGUGUAUGACUUUCUUUCUUCUGCUGAACACAAAUGAAGAUUUUAAGAAGAAUAUUUCAGCUCUGUAGGUCCAUACAAUGAAAGUGAAUGGUGACCAGGACUCAGACGGUCCAAAAAUCACAUAAAGGCUCCAUAAAAGCAAUCCAUUACCUAAAGUAAUCCAGACGCCACUGGUUAAAUUCAUGUCUUCAGAAGCUAUAAUUGUAGAUGGGAAACAGUUCAAUAUUUAAGUCCUUAUUUACUCUAAAUCUCCACUUUCACUUCCAUAUUCUUCGUGCAUAUCGCCACCUACUGGUCGGGGCUGGUCAAAGUUGGAGAUUGAUAGUAAAAAAGGACUUUUAUAUUGAUCUGUUU